UAGAGGGAAGAAGCCCAUCCUGAUCCUGAGAACUCAGCUAUCUGUCAGAGUCCACUCCAUUCUAGAGAAGCUGUACAACUCUCAUGGACCUGAGCUCCGGAGGUCCCUGUUCUCCCUCAAGCAGCUCUUCGAGGACGAUAAAGACCUGGUGCCAGAGUUCGUGAAUUCAGAAGGCUUGACAUGUUUCAUCAAGGUUGGAACGGAGGCAGACCACAACUAUCAGAACUACAUUCUCCGAGCCCUCAGUCAGAUCAUGCUGUUUGUAGAUGGGAUGAACGGUGUGAUCGACCACAAUGACACUGUUCAGUGGCUCUACACUCUCAGUGGCAGUCUGUCUCGUCUGGUGGUGAAGACCGCUCUGAAGCUCCUGAUAGUGUUUGUAGAGUACACAGAGUUGAACAGUCCUCUACUUAUCCAGGCUGUCAACACUGUGGAUGGCAAGAGAGGCACACACACACACACACACACACACACACACACACACACACACACACACACACACACACACAGUGCUGUUCUACUUAUCCAGGCUGUCAACACUGUGGAUGGCAAGAGAGGUGUGAAGCCGUGGUCAUACCUGACAGAGAUCCUGGAGGAGAAGAACGGAUCAGACACCGAGCUGUUCAUCUUAACCAUGAACCUCAUCAACAAGACCCUUGCAGCCCUCCCGGACCAGGACUCGUUCUAUGACGUGACCGAUUGUCUGGAACAGCAGGGAAUGGAACACAUUAUGCACAAACACAUGAGCAGCAAGGUCACCGAGCCAGACCUGAAACAGCAGUUCACCAUAUACGAGAGGGCUCUGAGGCACGAGGACGGAGAGAUGGAUGCCGCUCCUCACGUCAGGAAGGAGAGGAGGAAGGUGACAGCCGGCGAACAGGAAGGCAGGAGGAUCAGGAGAUCCUCGGCUCAGAACCUCCCCGACAUCCUCUCCUCCUCACCUACCACAUCCAACACUAUCUCUCCCUCCUCCUCUACUCUCUCCCCUUCCACCUCCUCUCCUUUCUCUCCCUCCUCCUCCACUCUCUCCCCUUCCACCUCCUCCCCUUUCUCUCCCUCCUCCUCCUCUCCCUCUAACAGUCCUACAGCCGGGCUGAGUAGGACCUCCUCCCCUCUCCCCUCCUCCUCUCGUAGUGCCUCACCCCUCACCCCAACUUCCAGCCCAUCAGAAUCUGGUUCUCAGAAGUCCUCUCCUCUACCGCCCCCGAGGUGACCAAUGGUACUGCAGCCCACCUGUCUCCCACUGAACAGGAGCCCAAGACAACGUCUAACCUGGGGCGGUCAUUCCUCAGUCACCACAUGUCUGCCUUGGGGAUCAGUAGGAGGUCACGGCUCUUUAACAAGGCUGGUUCCAUCUCUGAGGAACCUGCUCCUUCUGCCUCUCGAGCCGCAAGCAGCCCGUCUCCUACUGACUUGGCUGGCCCUGAGAAGCAACAGCAGCCCCAGACGGUCCCAGAGCGACACGGGAACAAGACCGAGAGGAACACCUUCAGGUGAGUUCUGAUACUGAACCUCUCAGAGACCGGGGGG